AUGGCCGAAAUUACUCAAGACACCCCCACCACCCAAACAGACACCGACCACAUCCGCAACUGGCUCAAAGAACCCCUUCUCAAAUUCAGCUACAACAACUUCGACCGCAGAAUCGAAGUCCGCGAGUACCUCAACAUCACGACCACUAACUCCGACGAUCCCGCCCACUGGCUCGAAUCCAGCAGUAUCGACACCGUCCUCGCCUUGCUAACCCUCAAGUACCACCGCAACGAUGUAUACAUCUUACCAAUGUACCAGGGCGGCAUAUUAUACGACAUCGGUGGCCACGAUGCCGAGUACGUGUUUGACGAGGAUCAUGACGGCGACCCACUGAAAUCCGUGCGGGAUAGAAAGCAUAGAUGGAUUAUUAUACCUGUCGACAAUGGAACUUUGCAAAAAGAAGAGUUCAUGGAGUUAUCCAGAGCGAUGGGUCAGGCACAGGACAAGAACGGAAGUAGAGGAAACGAUGCGGUAUCCAAGGAUAUGAUGGCAAACGGUGGUCACUGCGGUCUCCUUAUCAUUGACAAGCGCAAGAAGACUGCGCGCUGGGUAGAUGGCAAGCUUAGUCUUGUGCCCAGCGAGAAUAAGCCUGGUAGAAUGAAAAUCAAUCAUAUGCUUGUACCGGGUGCAGUAGCUGCAACCAUGGUCCGCGGUGUCGAGCGCGUCUUAGGACUCGAAGAUGGAGCCUUCCAUACCAAAACUGUCAAAUACGUUCCUAAUCAAUCAGAGCAUAAUGCGUUCAAGAGCGAUGGCGGUGCAAGUUGCGGACCGUAUCUCAUCGCGUUUCUGGAGUACGUACUGAGUAAUAAGGGGCGCCUUGUGGAUUUCGAUAAUGUGUUCAAAGUGGGGAAUUGGAAGAGGAAUUGCGAGGGUAUGGCGUUUGAUUCGUUGAAAACGAGGGUGUACAUGCAGGAGAUUAUUCAGGAGAAGAGUGAGAAGUUGCGUGGGGAGGAGGAGCUGCCGUUAAAGAUGUCGAAGGAGGUGUAUGGGAUUUUGAGGCCUAAGGUUCUUGGUACGCUGGUGGCGGCGAGGUGGAGGGAGUGGGAGGGGAUGAGGGAUAAGGUUGAUUUUGAUGACUAUAAGUUUGGGGGCGGGAAGAGGAGGAGGAGACGGGGGCGAAGGAGUGGGGGUAGUAGUAGUGGUGGUGGUGGUAGAAGAGGAGGAAAUGUAGGAGGAAAUAGAGGAGGAAGGAGUCCUAGUGGAGGUGGUGACGGCAAUAACAGCGAUAGGGGAGACGGGAACGAGGGAGGAGGCAUCGCUGACGACGAAUCAGAAGAAGCACGCAUCAUCAACCUCAUCGAAACAGACGAAGAAGACAUCCUUGACGACAACUUCUUUGACCCCAAAACCCCCGCCGCAGACCCAGUAUCUAAAAAGCAUCUCCGUGACGAAAUCCGCUCUCAACUCGAGAACUACAUUGACAUACCAACAAAAGACGGCGCCUACCUCCGCGCCUUCGAAAUCCAGAAAGAAGCCGCCAAAGUAAUCGAAUUCAACAACUCGACUAAAGCCGCCCUUGAACCCGCUCCUAGAACCACCCCAACCCCUGCCCCUGCCCGCCCUACCCGCAUCUCAAUACUCCAAUACCCAGAAGGUAUAACCACCGCGCCCCUUGACUUCGCCUCAACAUCCGAAGUCCCCUCGGAAAUCCUCUUUCUAUGGCGCCACGCAAACAUCGAACGCAUCAACGCCUACCACCUCGGUAGCAAAGCCACCGAAGAUGGUAUUUCCGUUCGCGCAAUUUUGCAAAUGCUGUCAGGCGUAGAAUUCGAAAAAGAGCAGCCUGAGCGGUUGAGGAAGAUUUGGAUAAAUGAUCGAGAAGUGUUUACUAGGAAGGAUAAGUACGAUAAUUUGCUGCCUGGCAUUAUUGCAUGGAGGAUGAAGGACAGGUAUGAGCUUUUUGACAUGGAGAAUAUACCGAGUACGCAGGGGGUGAAGAGGGGGAUUGAGGAGGCGAGUGGGGAUGGGAAUGAGGAUCAGGGUGGGGAUGUAGGGGGUAGUGUUGGGAAGAAGGCUAAGAAGUAGAUUAUGGAGCGUGUUGAAUACUAGAGUGGUAGAGCUGAUUACGAGGUAAUGUUUGGAUCUAGGGAUACUACAGGAUUUGGAAAGAGGAUUAGAGAAUAGGUAUCAGUAAACAUAUCUACAUCUUUGACUAUAAUAAAUUCAAC